CAGCUUCGAAACAUCGCGAAGUUUAGUACUGUUUUGUAUUUUGGUGGCUGGGCAGCCGCUGUUAAAUUACCCAAUGGAGGCAAGUCCAAGAAAGGUGGAGACUCCUGUUCAACUUCCUGCACAAUAGUCUUGAAGCACUGCCAGGGGAGAAGAAGGGAAGCUGCCGCAUGGCAAAGCGAAUGGAUACACGGCUGUCAACUUCUCCUUAAUUCCUACAACAUAGCAGUUGUUAACUGUUUCUACGCCCACCGAUUUGGUGUGUUGCUUUGCUUUUAAGCCGCAAGCUUGCCGAAUCAGGAAUUUGCAACGUUUGAUCGCAAAGGCGGCGCGAAGGACAGGAAUGGAGGUUGUGGUGGAGUAUGACUAUGAAGCACUCCAUGAAGAUGAGCUGACCUUGCGAAAAGGAGAUCUCAUAAAGAAUGUAUGCUGCAUACAAGAGGAUGGCUGGAUGGAGGGAGAUCUCAACGGGAAAAGGGGUCUCUUCCCUGACAAUUUUGUUAAGGAAGUAAAGCAGGAGGACAAGGAAGCAAGAAGUGAACCAAAAGAGGAAUCUGCUCAGCCUCUGAAGAGAGAGAAGUCUGUAGGCAAUGUUGCCAACUUGGUUCAGAGGAUGAGUACUAUUGGUAUCCCCACCGGUGGAUUCCAGCCACGACCAUCAACUAUCACAAAGAAGGCGAAGAAGCGACAAGUCAAAGUGUUCUUUGAGUAUCAACCACAGAACGAAGAUGAGCUGGAAUUAAAAGUUGGAGAUAUUGUUGACGUCGUUGAUGAGGUUGAAGAGGGCUGGUGGAGUGGCAUAAUUAACGGCAAGUCAGGGCUAUUCCCGUCCAACUUUGUCAAAGAAGUAGAUACCACGAAAGAAGACGGAGACUCAAAUGACACUACACCAGAUGAGGCUGAUGGGCAUGGUGUAGAAAAUACAACCCCAUCAUCGCCCACACCUACUUCUGGCAAUGGAGCUAUUGUCCAGCCCAAAAAAAUCCCCCGCAUCGGUUUUGGGGAUAUUUUCAAAGAAGGAUCCAUAAAAUCAAAGGUUCGAAUUCCCAACUUGGAUACUGAAGAAAAAAAGGAAAAUCCAAUCCCUGCAUUACCAUCAGCUGCAAAGCCUGCCUUUUCCAAUAUGACAGAAAUGCAGAAAGGCGAUGGAGAUAGCAACUCCAAAGAAUUAUGUAAGGUCACAUUUGCUUUUGUGGCUACAAAUGACGAUGAACUGACUUUGCAUGAGGACGACAUAAUCACCAUUAUAAGCAAGGACACGGGAGAGCCUGGAUGGUGGCGAGGGGAGGUUGGGGGCAAAGAAGGUGUCUUUCCUGACAACUUUGUAGAAAUGAUUUCUGAUACAGAAAAAGAGGUUUUCAUUUCGAGAGGGUCACGUAAAACAUCACAGAAACAAGACCCCGAGGAGAAACUAACGAAGCCACCUCCACCGUCAAAAGACUCAAAACACAUAGCUCUUAAACCAGAAGUUCCCAGUGCUGACAAGAAGCCUCAUGCCACCAGGCCAGAUGACAAAGUUGAUUCAAAACCAACCAAGCCAGGGGCACCUGUCCCACCCAAAAAACCAGCCCAACUUCCAGGCAAAGGCAAACAAGGAAGCCUCCCACCAAAGAGGCCAGACAAGCCUCUUACUCCAUCACCAAAUUUGAGACAUAAUGGAGAAGUGCAUGCAUCCCGUCCAAAGCCUGAUUUGGACCAUGUGCUUCCCCCGAAACCCAAAACACCUUCAGCGGAGACAGGGGACAAAUCCAUGGAACCAUCUCUAAUCAGUUUUGAUGAGGUCUCAUCAAGCCCAGAAAAGCUGUCUCAUCCCACGGCUAACAGACCAAAGAUCACCGGCCGUAGGUUGCCUGCCCAAUUUGCUGGAGGACAAUCGAAACCUCCGUUGCAGCCCAACAAGGACAGUCUUGUGGAGAAAUCCUUCAAGAUGGAUGAGGAGGAUGGUGCUAAACUAAAGCCAGUAGAACUAAGAAAGCCUUCUACACAUAACCUAUCCCCUUCGCCAUCAUUCCAUAAACCCAGUGACGAGGCCAAGCCCAGCCCAGCAGUUCCAAACUCAAACUCGGACAGCAGUUCUCUUGGAACAGAUGAUCCCAAAUCCCAGAUGGAAGAGCUCAGAAAUCAGAUGAAGGAUCUCUUGCUGUCAGUGGAGCUGUUCAAGGCCCAACAAAUGAAAGAAAUAACAGAGCUGCGUGGCGAGCUUGAUGAAGAAAGACUUAAGCGUGUGGCGCUGCAGAUGGAGCUAGAUAAACUAAAGAUGGCUGUCCAAUCAACGUGAAGCUGAGUCCAGGACAUCAAUCUAUGUCUAGCUGCUAGCCUGGCAUCGAACUUGAGAGCCAGUUUGGGUGAUGACUGCAGCAGAGGACAACCAACAGACAGUUGAAUGGGUGCAAAGAGGGUGCAAUUAUUUCUACAUCUACAAUUUAACUCCCCAUAAUUUUAAGAUUUUAAUUUUUGCACAUUUUAUUUUCAGGCUUGAUGUAAUUAAAUUACAGAUGUAUAUGAUUUUUUUUUUUUUUUUUUGCCAACACAAAAACGAGGCCUUACUUCAAACUACUGUUAUAAUUUGCAUGUCAUUGUCUCACUCACUUCCCUUCAUUCUUGCGCUCAUCAAACGCUUCACGCCAGAGAGUCGCUCUCAUUA